GCGGAGGCUGUUUCGCGUGUAGGCGCGCGGCGGCGUGGAGACCUACAACCGCUAGAAUUUUUGCGCCCGCGCCGGAAGCUGCCGCUCGCGUCAGUAGCAUGACGCACCUCACAUGACCACGGCGAGCCAACGUCACUUCCGAACGACUCUUCGCGCGACGUUCAGGCAAGCCCGGGCAAGCUCCUUCAGUACCUCCUUGUUGGCUGUGCGUGUUGAGAUCGGUCUUCAUGGCAGGUACGGAAAUUUUCAGCCGUGAUGGCUGUAUUAAUAAUGAAACGUUAAUAGCCGAAGUGCAAUGUCGCCAACCACUGUGGAUGGCCUCUCAUAAGCAACAUAAGGACCGCAACCUCAAAGCGGCACUGUGGACUGAAGUGACGGCCGCCGUCCUGCCAGAUAUCAACAUCCAAGUGGGACUGGAGUUGGUGCAGAAGAGAUGGAAGUCUCUCCGUGAUAAGUUUCGCCGCAUCUUCAACGGCCGCAUAAAAACACAAAGGAGCGGCGCCGGCGCCGACGAUGUCGAGUCGGUCGACACAGCAUGGCCCUAUUUUGAACUGUUGCUGUUUUUAAAGGACACCAUGGUGACGAGACCCACUUCAGGCAAUUAUGUAGUGCCUGCAAGCCCGAGAGAGGAGGCGAGCCAGCAGCUGGACACAAGUGAGCCACUAGGGGGGAACCAGCAGCACAGUAGUGCAGAAAGGCUUUUAAUGGGCAUUGCCCAAUUUGAAGACCAGGAUUUGGAUGAACAAUCAGAUUUUUCUGAUCUGUCAGGCCUGGUAUCAGCGUCCCAGGUCUCGUCAGCCUCGACGUCAUCCCCAGCGCCAGCCUCAGCAUCAUCCCCAGCGCCAGCCUCAGCAUCAUCCCCAGCCUCGACGUCUACGGCACAAGGAGCGGCUGCCCCAAGUCACCAGGGAGCCGCUAGCCAAAGACUGCAAAAAAAAAAGAAGAGAAGGCCCAGUGAGGACGCCCUUGUGACUGAAAUGGGCGAACUGUCCAAGACCCUUAAGGCUUGCCCUUUAGAGGAUGAAUACUAUCAUAUGGCUAUGAAUAUAGGAAAAUUCUUGAAGAAAGUGCCAGAGGAACGGCAACUCGACUUUCAGAUCGAGUUGCUGCAACUAAUAAAGAAAUAUUCGGAGUGAUGAAGGGUCUGUUGCACUUUUCUUAACAUGAAAAAUGUUUUACUGGUCUUCACCAAGAAUUCUAGCAUGUACGAUCAUCACAGAAAUGUCUUGAAAAGACAAGGCUUGUUUUCUAGCCCCCCAGGAGAUGGCACUAUUUUGAUAUUCUCUCAGCAUUGUGCUCAUACUGUCUGUGGUAACAACGCAGUUUCGUCGCAUGGAUUCCCUUUAACGUUCGAUUGCCGUAUACUGCUUCGCCUUGAAUGGCGCCAAUUAACAAUGCUGUUAAGUGCAGCAGAAAGGCAGUGAAGUUCAUGGGCAAAUGUCGUAAGACAUGUUUCACUUUCAUGUUAUGAGUGAUUCCUAUGAAAGAAGGAUUAACCAAUGUUUCUACAACGCUACAAUUACAUUUAAGCAUUGACAGCCAUUCUAAGAGCAAGUAGUAUUUUAUCAGAAGUUUUCAAUGCAUUUGCUGGCGUGCACACAUCUCGUUCCCCCUUAACAGAUAGCAGGCUAGCGGACUUGCUUCAGGCUACAUUCGCUGAUUUUCCUCACUUAAAUCUUCCUCUCACUGUGAAGCGGAUAUGUUGUACAGACACAGCCCAAAGUGUGGGAUAUCUAUAUAAGCAUUCUUAAAAGUGAAGUAUCGUGGGAUGCAAUUGUUUUGAAGGACAAUAAGCAAUGUUUCUGCAUGUAUAUACUGGUUUUCCUGCAUACAAGUAACAAAACAAAUAAUUCACCAUAUUUGAUCACAGGUUCUAAAAUAAGUAUACCUUGUCCAGCCAUCUAGAGUUAAUGCAAAAUGAAAGGCCACUGAAAGCAGGAGCUUUGAUGUCAGGUGCGAGCGCUUAUUGAAUUUAAGCAUAGCUCUCUCAAAACGAAUUAGCUAUGCUAUGCCUAGGCUCCAGGUUAAUUUAGAGCACCUGGGGUUCCUUAAUGGCCACCCAGUGCAUAGUGCACCAGUUUUGCAUUUUGCAGCCGAGAGAAUAAGUCAUUUCCAUUUCAUGAUUGGCAGUGAGCUUCUAGAAUGUUUGCAUGAAUACCUGAAGAAUCUGAUCAUGAAAAGUUACAGAAGAAUAAAAAUGCGUUAAGGCCCAUAUGGCAGGCAUUACCAAAUCAUGACUGCCAGGUUACUGCUACCACUGAAACAAAAGUGUGAAAAUAUUGAAUACUAGUGGUACCUAAUACAAGGGAUACAAACUUGGAGGUUCAUAAACCAGCGUGAGUUGAUGUGAAGGACCGUACAACGAGCGAUGGAACGAAGUUAGGUCUAAUGUUAAGAGGAAGGCAGGCGGUGGGGUCGCUAUACGAGUUGACAUUAAAGGAAGAAUUGGAGCUAGGCAGGCUAUGCAAUGUGUAGAACAUACAGCCAGCAGUCUAUGAAAGUUACAGAGUGUGUGCCAAGGGGAACACAGUCAAGGAUGACAGAAAAUUAGGGGUGUGAUGAUGUUAGGAAAUGUGAAUACAAAGCCUGAAAUCAGCUAGCACAAGACAGGAGUAAUUAAGGAUGCCGAGAGAGGGGUUCGUCCUGUAGUGGACAUAAAAAAUGGCUGAUGAUGAUGAUGAUUCUCAUUUAGCAAUGAUGCACUGUGGCAGCAAUUUUCAGCACAAAGGCAAGAGGACGUGAGGAGACUGUAGUAGGGAAAUGAUUGGACAUCAGUUAUACAUUCUUAGCAGUGUACUGGAGAUAUGCAUACACCUGCUCAUGUUUAUCACCAUAUCAUUUGCUUAGAGGAUAAAAUAUGCUUUUCAGAAUUACUUGCACAUCACCAUGUCCAAGUGGAUCCCUACAAAUGUUUAAUUUCUGUUCUAAUCUUUGUAAUAGAUUCCAGAGUUAUUUCUGUCACUCUAAAGAUAUGUACAACCUUUGUGGCAAAUGUUAUCCCCAGACAAUCAGCCUAUCCUGCUUACAUAUUCCCAUCAAGAUUGCAAUGUUACAUUGAUAAUGCACAUGUUGUUCAUGACCUGGAAGUACUAGGUACCCAGCGUUAAAGGAGGUGUACGUAACACAGAAGCAUUGUUGUUACGUGACAAGACAAGUGAAGGGGCACUAGCUUUUUUUUUAAAGCUUAACACAACAGAGCCUGCAGGUGUGAUGUAAAUGUAACGAAUAGAUUUCUUUACUGUGAACCCAUAAACUGUGACAUGAGGCUUUAGCCUUGAU